UGCGUGUAGAUCGGUGUUCGGGGAGGCGGACGCGAAAGAAGAAGGAACAGAAAAGAGCGCAGCGCUAAAACAGCGGGUCAGGAUUCACACUGCGUCUCUGUCCCUCUCUGUCACUCACUGCGCUGUCAUGGUGGAGUAACGAAGCUGCUCGCGACGUUCUCACACUUACUCCAGGUGGCCUCUAGCACCAAGAGCAACACAUCUCCGAAGAGGCGAGAAGACCAGAUACAGAGCGAGGAUAAUUUUUUUGCUCUCACCCAGAGCUGUUUUUCUCACUCUCCUUCACAAGCUCUCGUCCCAUCUGUCGGAGCACUUGUGCCAAGGCUGUUUCGUAACAAGAAAGAUUUUGCUGCCAUUUUCAAAACCCCUAACAAAGGGCUCAUGGCCUGAAACUCUUACAUUUAACAGUUUUUUGUCAGGAUUUGACAUGAAAUUCUCUCCAUGGUUCUUAAAAUAAACAUCCUUCCACUAUGAUCUACCUGUGGAUACACAGUACCACUUAAAUUUAGAUUUAAGUCGUUCCUGCUUUACUCCUCAGCUGAAAUCUUAAUCAAGCUGCACCAGCCUCAUCCUACUCUAGUAUGAGUUAUGAAAACUCAAAAUUAAUGGCCAGCAGCAGCACUCGGGGGAGGGUUGCAAGGGCCAACGGGAAAAACAAUGACCAGGAGGCAGAGUCGGAAGGGUUUAACUCUAUGAAAACCAUUGGCGGUCAGCCCAGUGCCAAUAUCACCAUCCCAGUGCAAGGGAGCGGAGCCCGUGGAGGCUCAUCUCCCAGUGCAGGGUCGGGAUCCGGAGGUUCAUCCAGAGACCAGAGGGGUCCCAACUCGGAUGAUAUGGACGGCCUCUCCAGCGGUAACGACUCUGGGGAGCGGGAAAGCGAAGGCGGGAUGGAGAGGGGAAGCGGCUCACGUGGGCGCCAGUCCACGAGCAGCUCCCACAGCUCGUCGAAUGGCAAGGACUCAGGCAUGAUGCUGGAGACCACAGAGAGCAACAAGAGCUCCAACUCCCAGAGCCUGUCCCCUCCCAGUUGCUCCGUGGCCUACAGCACCUCCGGCUGCAGCAGCGACCAGUCAGCGAGGGCCCAGACCCAGAAAGAGCUAAUGAAGGCCAUCAAGGAGCUGAAGCUCCGUCUGCCAUCUGAGCGAAAGUCAAAGGGUCACUCCAGCACUCUAAAUGCACUGAAAUACGCACUUCAGUGUGUCCGACAAGUCAGAGCAAACCGGGAGUACUACCACCAGUGGAGUGUGGAGGAGUGUGAAGGCUGCAGUCUGGAUUUGUCCACCUUCACAAUCGAGGAGCUUGAUAACAUCACCUCAGAAUACACCCUCAAAAACACCGACACGUUCUCCAUGGCCGUGUCGUUCUUGUCAGGGAAGGUUGUGUACGUAUCCCCCCAGGGCUCGUCCCUGCUGCGCUGCAAGUCCGAUUGUCUUCAGGGGACUAUGUUCUCUGAGCUGUUGGCCCCGCAGGAUGUCAGCACUUUCUACAGCGGCACAGCACCCUGCCGCCUUCCUUCCUGGGCCUCCUGCAUCGGUUCCGUAUCUCCUCAGGAGAAGUCCAUGUUCUGUCGGAUCAGUGCUAACCGGGUACAGGGCGGCGAGAUGCGCUACUACCCAUUCCGCCUCACGCCGUACCAGCUCACUCUUCAAGACUCUGACACUGCUGAGCCACAGCCCUGCUGCCUGCUUAUUGCAGAGAGGGUCCACUCUGGAUAUGAAGCUCCUCGUAUCCCAGCAGACAAGAGGAUCUUCACAACCAGUCACACUCCCAGCUGCCUCUUCCAGGAGGUUGAUGAGAGGGCAGUGCCGUUGUUGGGUUACCUUCCUCAGGACUUGGUGGGAACCCCCAUCCUGCUUUACAUCCACCCAGAGGAUCGGCCACUAAUGGUGGCCAUACACGAGAAGAUCUUUCAGUUCGCAGGGCAGCCGUUCGACCAUUCGCCCCUGAGGAUGUGUGCCCGCAGCGGGGAGUAUGUGACCAUCGACACCAGCUGGUCUUCCUUUGUCAACCCCUGGAGCCGCAAGGUGGCAUUCGUCGUAGGGCGCCACAAAGUCAGAACGAGCCCUCUGAAUGAAGACGUGUUCACCAUGCCUCAUGGCUGCGAGAGCCAGACCACCACGCCCGACAUCGUGCAGCUGACUGAGCAGAUCCACCGGCUCCUUGGGCAGCCAGUGCACGGCGGCGGCUCCCAGGGCUACAGCUCGCUCGGGUCCAGUGGAUCGCGGGGCUCCCACCGGUCACGCCAUCAGCACCAUAGUGCCUCGGCCACCUCGUCCAGCGACGGCAACGGCCCGGCCAUGGACAAGGCAGUUGUUGCUGUUGCUUUACAAAAGCCUAUGACAUUCCAGCAGAUCUGCAAAGACGUUCACAUGGUCAAGACGAGCGGACAGCAAGUUUUCAUCGAGUCCCGUAAUCGUCCGACGCCCAGAAAAACCGCCAACACAGCUACAGCAAACAUCAGAGCCAUCAACAGCGACCCAAUCAGAGGUUUGAUCGCCGACAUGACAAAACCUCCCAAAGCUUUAGUCCCUGCACCGAUCGCACAGAAGGAGCCGCCAACCGGCUACUCCUACCAGCAGAUCAACUGUCUGGACAGCAUCAUAAGGUACUUGGACAGUUGCAACAUUCCCAACACAGUUAAGAGGAAGUGUGGCUCCUCCCGCACAGCCUCCAGUACAUCUGACGAUGACAAACAGCAGGAAGCCAGCGGCAACAACAAAGUUAACCUCGUAGGUGAACCACCUGCUCUGCCCCCUCUGACCAUGGCCACAAAGGCAGAGAGUGUAGCCUCAGUCCUGUCCCAGUGUAGCUUCAGCAGCACCAUCGUGCAUGUGGGUGACAAGAAGCCUCCCGAGUCAGACAUCGUCAUGGAGGACGCACCAACAACUCCCACGCUAGCCCCUCCUCGUUCUCUCAACAUGCCGACACCGCCCACCGGCGGCCUGAUGCUUCCCGCAAGCACAGCCACCGCACCCCCUCCUCCCAUGAGCCCUCUCACACAAACUGCUCAGCCAGACAGGGACAGCCGGAGAAGCUGCAGUGUUGGUGGGGGCGGAGGAGGAGGUCGGCUAGGUCUGACGAAGGAGGUGCUCUCUGCCCACACCCAGCAGGAGGAGCAGGCAUUCCUUGACCGCUUCAAUGACCUCAGCAAGCUGCGCGUGUUCGAUCAGACGGCAUCUUCGACUGUGCGGUGCCUCACCCCUGCUGCCAACCCACUGUCACGAGGAGUGCGUUGUUCCCGUGACUACCCCGCUGCAGGAGGCAGCACCGGUCACCGGCGAGGCCGCGGAGGAAAAAGACUCAAGUGCCAGGAGUCAUCUGAUCAGCACAGCUCUCUGGGAAUGAGCGGGAGCCGGCUAGACCCCAGAACCAGCGCCGCCCCCAUGCCCCUCCACGUGCCACAUGGACCCCUGACAAACUCCUCGUCCUGGCCCUCUGUAGGCUCCCGGGCCAGCAUUCCCUCCGCCCCUUUCGCUCCUGGUAUGCUUCCAAUAUACCCUGUAUACCCACCGCUCACUCAGCCACUACCCAUCCCAGACCCUUCACGCUUCCCCCCGACCCAGAUGGUUCCUCCCAUGAUGGCGCUCGUUCUUCCCAACUACAUUUUCCCCCAGAUGGGAGCGCCCAUCUCUCAGCCGGGUGCCACCCCAGGACACUUCUACAAUCCUAACUUCACAUACCCCAGUGCCACCCCAGCCAUUGCCCCAGCCAUGAUCCCCACUGUCAUCUCCAGCCCUGUGCCCAUUCCCGGCAGCUGCGUCCCGUCUCGUAGCAGCACGCCACAGUCCUACAAUCAGACGCCAGUGGACCGCGAGGGCGCGGUGUCCCCCCUCUUCCAGUCCCGAUGCUCCUCCCCCCUCAACUUGUUGCAGCUGGAGGAGACGCCAAGCAACCGGUUAGAGGUUGCCUCUGCCCUGGCGGCAUCACAGCAAGCCACGCCCUCUGCACAGGGCGGUGCUGCUGGGGGACCGAGCUCUGGCAAUCAGAGGAGCGCUGAUGAUACCUCCAAGGAGAAUGAGAAUGGUGAAGCUAAUGAGUCCAACCAGGAUGCAAUGUCCACCUCCAGCGACCUGCUGGACCUGCUGCUGCAGGAGGACUCCCACUCAGGCACCGGCUCAGCUUCUGGUUCAGGGUUCUCGGGAACCAGGUCCUCGGGUUCAGGCUCCGGCUCCAACGGAUGCAGUUCCUCUGGCACCAGCGGCAACAGCAGCAGUCAGGGCAGCCACACCAGCAAGUACUUUGGCAGCAUCGACUCAUCGGAGAACGACCACUCCCGCAAACAGCCAGCAGGGGGCAGCAGCAGUGCAGGGGGAGAUGGAGGCGAGGAGCAGUUCAUCAAGUGUGUCCUCCAGGACCCCAUCUGGCUCCUGAUGGCCAACACCGACGACAAGGUCAUGAUGACGUAUCAGCUGCCAGUCAGGGACAUGGAGACAGUGCUGCGAGAGGACCGCGAGGCCUUGAGGAGCAUGCAGAAACAUCAGCCUCGGUUCUCAGAGGAGCAGAAGAGGGAGCUGAGCCAGGUCCACCCCUGGAUCCGCACAGGACGCCUGCCACGAGCCAUCAACAUCUCUGGCUGCACGGGCUGCAAAGUUCCCCCCUCCGUGGCACCGGCCACACCGUUCGACUUGGAGAUGGAGCUGUGCAGUGAGCAGAAGGCUCAGGAGGGCAGCGCCGGCAGGGGCAAGAAAAACCUCUCAGAGACCCCCAUGGAUGAGACUCGCCCUGAGGUUAAAGAAGAGGAGGAGAAAGGAACCAAAAGGCAAAAAGGCAGCCAUGACAUGAUGGCAGAGGAGCAGACAGCGUGCUCACAGGCUGCGGAGUCUGCCAUGAGUCAUUGAGUUGGUGGCCAAACAUGAAGAAACGGCAUCAUGACGUUUAGACUUUAAAAUGCAGGAAAUGUGCACCUUCGAGGAGCGAUGCCCGUGACAUCAUUACACAGGAUGUAAGGUGUUCAGACGGCCUCUUCCGGGACAUCAAGGUUUAUCGUUUGAUAGGUCACUUGGUAGAUUGAAGAAGAACUUACACAGAACGUGCACACUCAGCUUCAGAGAGAGAAUCAGGACUUUUCUCUUCUCUCUCUCGGCUGUUCUCGUUGUUCUAAGUGUAUUUAUUUAAGUUGUAAAAUACUCACAGAGGACUGAGGUGAAUCUGUUACAAAAAAAAACCAACGGAUUUACGUAAAAAGAUGGAUGUGCUUCACCACAGUGUCCUCCUCCAUGUUUUUAUCUUUCCUUUUUGGGGUUCAGUUCAUGGGGGUGGGGGAGGGAGUUCACGUGAAUUGCAGAAUGUUUCCAAGGUUGUCUGGGAUCCUGCUCCCUCUUAAAUCCUGAUUAUUUUAUAAAGUAAAAUCUUUGCCCCGAUUAAAGUAGCAUCGACUUUCAUCCUAUAGAGUAAAUGUACAGUGAGAAGCAGGUUAUUUUGUAAACAUUGUGUAUAUUUUUAUACUUUCAGGAGAGGAUGCUCGUAUCCUCUUCUGUACUGAUAUGAAUUGAAAGGAAAUGCGAAGACGUUUCUUAUUUCCCCUGUGACAUUACAAUCUCGUGCGACGCACGUUAAUCAUGGAGGCAGUAUGGCAAUCGACAGGACACCGACCUGGACUGUGGGCUUUCUCUACAGCAGGGAAUUAGAAUGUGCAUUCGUGCGGCCGCUCCGCAACGGAGAAACGAACAAUCGCCUCCCUGAGAUAACGAUUAUCUCACAAACAUCACAGACAGUCUUUCCACACACACACACACUGCCAGCACCCAGAGGAGCUGCGGAGCCUUCAGUGGAGGAAGAACUUUUGUUUCGCCAGCGCUCACUCACGGUGGAUUAUGAAGAGGUGGACAUUAACUUUAAAAUGUCUUCUGAGUUUGGACAGUGUUUACUCUCUCUCUCUAUCCCUCUCUCCUCUUCUCUGUGGCACUGUUCUGGUGAUGUGAUAUUCUCUGCUUGUCGUCAGUGGUGUCUGCGACAGUUUAAUAUUUUUGUGAAAUUCUUUUAACAAAAAAAGACAAUAAAAUUGACUUGAGAAGUCUCUAAAUGUUAA